AUGGCCACCGUGAGCUUUGGGGCCCAACAGCCGCGCCCUGAGGAGGCAGUGGAGGCAGGCAAUGGCGCAGAACGGACACAACCACUUAAUCGUAUGCGAUGGGCGACGGUGCGCCAGUCUGGCAAGAAGGGUGUGCAGAAACGAAAGUCCAUAUUCAAUCGCCAGGUGGCACGAUUAAGUGGCGUAUCCAAUAAACGGCAGUCAGCUGGCUCCAACAUCAGCGAUCUCAAGGCCGAUGACAUUGCGAACGACAAAGCCGCCCAAGGUCAGACGCAUAGAACGAUAUACGUCAAUCAGCAGCUACCGGACUCUGCGCGAGAUGAGGAAGGGAGGCCGUUGCAGAACUUCAAGCGAAACAAAGUCCGGACGGCAAAGUACACGCCCAUCAGUUUCAUACCGAAGAACCUGUGGUUCCAGCUACACAACAUCGCGAACGUGUACUUUAUCUUCAUCGUCAUCCUGGGUAUCUUCUCCAUCUUUGGCGUGCAGAAUCCCGGUCUCUCCGCCGUGCCCAUCAUCGUUAUUUUGACCAUCACGGCUAUAAAGGAUGCAAUAGAAGAUUGGCGUAGGACGGUCCUGGAUAACGAGCUGAACAAUGCGCCGGUACAUCGGUUGGUCGGCUGGGAGAAUGUCAACGUGUCCGACGAGAAAGUCGGCAUUUGGCGUCAGUUCAAAAAGGCAAACACCCGCGCGAUCCUCUUGGUUUGGAAAUGGUGGAAGGCCAAACAGGAAGAGAAGGCCGCGAAGAAGGGCAAAGGCCCCAGUGCGAGAGAUGCGAAUUUGGAUGCGAAACUGGAAGAGCAGAAUCGACGCGCGAGCAUGGUCACAGCCCGUUUGGACGCAGAGGACUAUCCACAUGAGAAUGAUGAGGGCGAUGUUGAGAUGACACCUGUUCCGUCUCCCACGCCAGGACAACGGCCACAACAUGGUGGUGAUGACAUGCGGGAUCCUGGCCUGCAACGAGACCAUUUGACGGUUCCCAAAGAAGAUGGUAAAGUCGAGCAGAUUCCUGUCCCCAAGAAAUUCUAUGGAAGCUUGAUCAAUCCCAACAGGGAACAGCUUGACAAAGCACGAUUCAAGCGGGACUACUGGAAGAACGUGCGAGUUGGCGACUUUGUGCGACUCUACAACGACGAGGAAGUGCCCGCGGACAUUGUGGUACUUUCGACAAGUGAUGCAGACGGUGCUUGCUACAUCGAGACGAAGAACCUGGACGGCGAGACGAAUUUGAAAGUUCGGACGGCAUUGUACUCGGGAAGGCAGAUCAAAAGGGCGCGAGAUUGCGAGCAAGCCGACUUCAUCCUGGAAAGUGAGCCACCUCACGCUAAUCUCUACGCAUACUCCGGAGUGGUGCGCUGGAACCAGUACGAUCGAAAACAACCUUCUGCGGAAACAAAGGAGAUGGCUGAACCUGUGGGUAUCAACAACCUGCUACUUCGUGGGUGUACAGUUCGCAACACCGAGUGGGUGCUCGGAGUGGUCGCCUUUACUGGAGAGGACACAAAGAUCAUGCUCAACUCGGGUAUCACGCCUUCGAAACGGCCCAAGAUCAUGCGUGAUCUGAACUGGAAUGUGCUCUACAACUUUAUCAUCCUGUUUGUCAUGUGUCUGGUUGCCGCAAUCGUGGAAGGCGUGACCUGGGGCCAAGGAGACAAUUCUCUCGACUUCUUCGAAUUUGGCAGCUAUGGCGGAACACCCGGCUUGAACGGUUUCAUCACAUUCUGGGCAGCCAUCAUUCUGUUCCAGAACUUGGUGCCCAUCUCGCUGUACAUCUCUCUGGAAAUCGUGCGCAGUGUGCAGGCCUUCUUCAUCUUCUCGGAUACGUACAUGUACUACGAGAAGAUUGACUACCCGUGCACGCCAAAAUCCUGGAACAUCUCGGACGACCUUGGGCAGAUCGAGUAUGUCUUUUCCGACAAGACCGGCACGCUUACGCAGAACGUCAUGGAGUUCAAGAAGUGUACAGUUAACGGCCAGCCAUAUGGUGAAGCUUACACUGAGGCUUUGGCUGGCAUGCAGAAGCGUAUGGGAAUCAACGUCGAAGAGGAAGGUGCUCGGGCAAAGGCGCAGAUCGCCCAAGACCGUGUCAGUAUGCUGCAAAGGAUCCGCAAGAUGCACAACAACCCUUACUUGCGGGACGAGGACCUCACGUUCGUUGCACCAAGCUACAUCGCAGACCUCGACGGCGACAGUGGUCCCGUACAGAAGGCUGCGACGGAACAGUUCAUGCUCGCUUUGGCUCUCUGCCACAGUGUUAUUACGGAAAGGACUCCAGGUGACCCGCCUAGGAUCGAGUUCAAGGCACAAAGUCCCGACGAAGCUGCGCUCGUAGCGACCGCGAGGGAUGUCGGCUUCACUGUCAUUGGACGUUCGAAUGAUGGCAUCAUCGUCAACUAUCUGGGCGAGGAGCGAGAGUACACCGUACUCAACACUCUCGAGUUCAACUCCACCAGGAAACGAAUGAGUUCGAUCUUGCGCAUGCCCAAUGGCAAGAUUAUGCUUUUCUGCAAGGGUGCUGAUAGUAUCAUCUACUCGCGUCUGAAGAAGGGAGAACAAGCUCAACUUCGUGCCUCUACGGCCGAACAUCUUGAAAUGUUUGCUCGAGAAGGUCUGCGAACGCUGUGCAUUGCGCAGCGUGAGCUCGAUGAAGAAGAGUACCAAAGAUGGAACGUUGACCACGAAUUCGCGGCAGCUUCCGUCCAAGAUCGAGAGGACAAGCUUGAAGAGUGCGCUGACCGCAUUGAGCGUGAGCUUACACUGCUCGGAGGCACUGCCAUCGAAGACAAACUUCAGGAUGGCGUACCUGACGCAAUCGCCCUGCUUGCCCAAGCCGGAAUCAAGCUUUGGGUAUUGACGGGUGACAAGGUUGAGACUGCCAUCAACAUUGGCUUCUCUUGCAACUUGCUUGACAACGACAUGGAUCUGAUGUUGCUCAAGGUUGACGAAGACAACAUCGAGCAAGCUGAAGCAGAGCUGGACAAGCACCUGGCCACGUUUGGGAAAACUGGAUCUGACGAAGAACUCAAGGCAGCCAAGAAGAACCACGAACCUCCCGCGCCAACACAUGCGCUUGUCAUCGAUGGUGACACCCUUAAGGUUGUGCUCGACGACAGGCUGCGGCAGAAGUUCUUGCUGCUCUGCAAAGAGUGCAGGUCUGUGCUUUGCUGUCGUGUCAGUCCUUCGCAGAAAGCUGCUGUCGUCGGCCUCGUCAAACAUACUCUCGACGUCAUGACGUUGUCCAUUGGUGACGGUGCCAACGAUGUUGCUAUGAUACAGGAGGCUGACGUUGGUGUCGGUAUUGCUGGUGAAGAAGGUCGCCAAGCCGUUAUGAGUAGUGAUUAUGCCAUUGGCCAGUUCCGCUUCCUGACAAGACUGCUCCUGGUGCACGGACGAUGGGAUUACCGACGCAUGGGCGAGUGUGUGGCCAACUUCUUCUACAAGAACAUCAUCUGGGUAUUCGCGCUCUUCUGGUACCAGAUCUACGCCAACUUCGAUUGUUCCUACGCUUUCGACUACACGUACAUUCUGCUGUUCAACCUGGCGUUCACAUCGCUGCCAAUCAUCUUUCAAGGUAUCCUGGAUCAAGACGUCGACGACAAGGUCUCUUUGGCUGUUCCACAGCUGUAUCGCCGCGGCAUUGAGCAGAAAGAGUGGACACAGACCAAGUUCUGGAUCUACAUGUUCGACGGACUGUACCAAUCGGUCAUCGCCUUCUACUUCACCUACCUGCAGUUCAUGCCGGCCAAUUUUGAGACCGAGGAUGGCCGCAACGUCAACGACUACAAACGUCUUGGAGUGUACAUUGUCAACCCAAUUGUGGUGGUGGUGAACGUUUAUAUCCUGAUCAACACUUACCGCUGGGAUUGGUUCAUGCUGCUGAUCACAGGCAUCUCGAUACUGCUCAUCUGGUUCUGGACUGGUGUGUACACCUCUUUCACGGCCGGCUUCACAUUCUACGGAGCCGCAUCGCAGGUCUACGGAGCUUUGACUUUCUGGGCAAUCGGACUACUCACUGUGGUGAUGUGCCUCCUCCCUCGUUUCGGAGCAAAAGCGUUCCAGAAGAUGUACAUGCCCUACGACAUCGACGUCAUCCGCGAGCAAGUUCGCCGGGGCAAGUUUGAUUAUCUCAAAGAUGUCGACCCUACCGCCGUCUCUACGCCAGCACCCGAUAAGCUCGCCGAGUCAAGCUCAAGUUCCGAGAUGUCCAACGGCAAACCCAAAGACGACAGGGGCCAUAGAAGGUACACGCCACCGCGACAAACGUUUGAAGACGAUCAACGACCAAUCUAUCCCCCGAGCAUCGCCGCCACAGCGACUACGAAUAACCCUCGGAGUAAUAAUGGCAGCGAUGGUACAGACUACACCGGCCACCGCUCGAGCCUCGAUCGCCAGUUCCCUAUGGUGUCGAGCAAUAAUGCAAACCCGACCAUAACCCGUCAAGACGGCGGCGACCCAUUCGGCUUCGACCGACCACAGCAAGGGUCUCACUUUGCAAGGCCUAGCGUUGACCGACCUCGACCAAGCUUCGAUCGACUACGGAGCAGUAUGGACCGGACACGGCCUUCUUUCGAGGCUAGUAAUGACUUCACAAGCGCAGCCUACCUAUCGCGGGUGGAAAGCAGUCAAAGCCAGGGCAAAGGGGAUACACCCACGACACCCGGAGCAGGGACGGGUCUGAGACAAGACAUAAGUCAAGAUCUCAGAGGUCCUGGAUCGGGAAGGUGA